AUGAAUAAUGAUAUGUAUCAAAUUGAAGAUACUAGUUAUAAACUAAAGGAAGCUGAGGGUCUCAUCGGACUUUUGCAAGAUGAGUUAGCUGCAGUUAAACGUGCACACAGUGAAGUGGCGGAGGAGGCAAAACACUGGCGUGAGGAAACUGAGAACCUCAAGUGUGCAUUGCGAGAUAUACGCAGAGACAAUGAGCGGUUGACGGCUGAGAGAGACCAUGCGAUAUGUCAAGAAUAUGAAGCUAAGAAGGCCUCAGACGACCUCAAGAAGACCGAGACUACAGGCUGCAAAUGCCACUAUUACUAUCAUAACAACAUCACCAACAACAACAACAACACUGCUACUGUUACUAUAGAUAUCGAGACCUGCUGGCAACCCAUGAGAGAACAAUAA